ACUGACUCAUGUCCUAGAACACAAUCUGCAGAGUGAUGCUGGUGCUAGAUCAGAGGCUUCUAAACUGAUCAUCCUCUUGACUGAUGGAAAAUCUCAAGAUGAUGCCAGCCCAGCUGCACAGACCUUGAAGAACAUGGGAAUAAAGAUAUUUGCUGUUGGAGUGAAAAAUGCAGAUGAGGCAGAGUUGCGCCAGGUGGCCUCAGAACCUUUAGAGCUGACCGUAUACAAUGUACUGGACUUCCCUCUGCUCAGCUCUCUGGUUGGACGCCUUACCCGGGUUUUAUGUGCUCAGAUGAAGAAGAACAAGGAUGAGAAUGCAGGCAAGCCAGUAAAAGCCGUUCCAGUGAAUACUGGUGCCCAUCUGAGCCCAACCAAUCUUGUUUUAAAGGAGGUGACUUCCAGAAGUCUUCGCCUCACCUGGAACCCUCCUGUGAUACCACCCAAAAAAUACAGGGUUGUCUACUACCCCGCUAGGGGUGGUACUCCCAAAGAGGUAGUUUUAAAUGGGACAUCCUCUACUGCACAGCUCCUCAACUUGACCUCCCACACAGAAUAUCUUGUUUCUGUGUUCCCUAUUUAUGAAAAUGCUGUUGGAGAUGGACUCAGAGGCAUUACCUCAACCUUGCCUCUUUCUGCACCUGGUUCCCUCCGAGCUUCCGAAAUCAGCCACAACAGUGUAAGACUGACUUGGGAGCCAGCAGAUGGUGCUACUCAGUAUCUUGUUCUUUGUUCUUCAGCCCCCACUGGAGCAGAGGAUGACACUAAAGAGGUGAAAGUAGAACAGCCUGAAGUUCUACUUGAGGGUUUAUCCCCCAGCACUGAAUAUUCACUAGCAGUCUAUGCAAUGUAUGGGGAAGAUGCCAGUGAUCCGGCAAGCAUCCAGGAAACGACUUUGGCCCUAAGCCCUCCCAAACAUUUGCUUUUCUCCGACAUCAGCCAUGCCUCUGUCAAAGUCAAUUGGGAGGUGGCAUUCCAUGCUGUGAAAGCAUAUCGUAUAACUUAUGUCUCCAGCAGGGGAAGCAACACUGGGGAGGUGGAAGUUCCUGGCAAUGCGUCACUUGCUGUGCUGAAGCCUCUCUCAUCGCUGACGCAGUAUUUUGUCAGUGUGAUCUCCAUUUAUGAUGAAGGUGACUCCUUUCCAGUAACGGGCAAUGUUACUACAUUAAAGGUGCCACCUCCAAGCCAUCUGAAGGUCACUGAGCUCUCUGGUGGUGAGGUCCGGCUGGAAUGGGAAGCUUUGGCAGCCUCUGAUGUGGUUGUCUACCAGAUCAAAUGGAACGUGGUGGGUGAAGAGAAAGCACAGGAGCUGUCUGUUGCUGGAAACUUGGCAUCUUCACUUUUGUCUGGACUGAAGAAGAACACUGAAUACCAGAUAUCAAUUUGGGCCUAUUACAAAGAUGGAGCUCGAAGUGAUACUGUUUCAGUUCGACACAGGAUCACUGCCAAGAAUCCACCCACAAACCUCUUUGUGGAUUCAGAAACCCCCAGCAGCCUUCAAGUCCACUGGAAUCCACCCGAAGGAGCUAUUCAGCACUACAGACUCCUCUAUGCUCCAGAAAGUGGGAAGAAGCACCAGGAAAUGAUAACUGUUUCUGGGAGAAGCAGAUCUGUUACCCUCCAUGCUCUCCUUCCAAAUAGAUUAUACACAGUGACAAUUUCUGCAGUCUACGCUACAGGAGAAAGUGAUCCCGUAUCUGCUAUCGGUCACACAGCUUCAGUCUUGGCUAGACUGCCUACAUCAAGAGAAUCUGUUCCCUUCAGAACUGAGGGUUUCAACAUGAUGGAGGUAUUUGGACUGAUGGAGAAGGAGUAUGCUUCCAUCAAGGGGGUUGCUAUGGAACCCUAUAUUUUCCUGGGUACUCACACAUAUACCCUCUUCAGAGACAUCCAGCUGACCAGGAAAACAAGUGAAGUAUUUCCCUUUGGAUUUCCUGCUGAAUACACCAUCACUUUCCUUCUUCGCCUUCUGCCAGAAAGCCCCAGGGAAAGCUUUGCUGUGUGGCAGAUAACGGACGAGGAUUUCCAGCCUCUUCUUGGCAUCAUCCUUGACCCCAAUAAGAAAACCUUGAUAUAUUUUCAUCGGGAUUAUGAAACUGAUGUAGAAGAAGUCACCUUUGACCAACAGGAAGCGAAAAAGAUAUUCUAUGGAAGUUUUCACAAGGUGCACAUAUCGGUGAACCAUUCCAAGGUCAAGCUCUAUAUUGACUGCAAGAAAAUAGCCGAGAAACCGCUUGGAACCUCAGAGGCCAUCUCAACAGCUGGCUUUGUUAUGCUUGGAAAGCUAACAAGAACACGAGGGCCACGGAGUGGGUCUGCAGCAUUUCAGCUGCAAUCAUUGCAGAUCAUAUGCAGCAGCUUUUGGGCUGAAGAGGACCGAUGUUGUGAUGUCCCUGCACUGAGAGAUGAAGAGGUCUGCCCCAGCCUGCUUCCUUCCUGCAGCUGCACUUCAGAGAUCCCAGGUCUUCCAGGGCCCCCAGGUCCUCCGGGCAGUCCUGGAAGGAGGGGACCUCAGGGAGAACAGGGCGAGCCUGGUCCCAAGGGUGAGCCAGGUCCACCUGGUCAGGUUGGACCGGAAGGUCCAGGCGGACAUCAAGGGACUCCUGGUUCCCAAGGCUUGACUGUGCAGGGUCCUAUUGGACCACCAGGUAUUAAAGGGGACAAAGGAGACAAUGGCAGCCCAGGAAUACAGGGUCUGAUGGGUCCGCAGGGAGCUCCAGGGAAAGAUGGAAUCCAAGGGUCAAAGGGUGUUCGAGGACUGGAGGGCACAGCUGGACCACCAGGACCACCAGGACCAAGGGGUUUCCAAGGCAUUGCAGGUGCCAGAGGCAACCCUGGGGAAAAGGGACCCCCAGGAGAAGUUGGACCAACAGGGCUGCCUGGUCCAAAAGGAGAAAGGGGAGAGAAAGGCGAAGCACAGUCCUUGUCGACAAUCUAUCAUCUAGUUAAUCAGGCUUGUGAGCGCCUGAUCCAGUCUCAUGUGUUGAAGUUUGACUCAUUCAUCCAUGAACAUUCCCGGAAGCCUGUUCCCAUUUGGGAGGAUAAAUUGAAGCCAGGGGAACCUGGACCACCUGGUCUCCCUGGGCCUCCUGGCAUGAAAGGAGAAAGAGGAGAAGUUGGGAUGCCUGGGCAGCCUGGCAGAGAUGGAUACCCAGGAGAAAGAGGUGCCCCUGGACCCAAGGGGGAGAAAGGUUCACUUGGCGCAAAUGAGGAAGGCCUUCCAGGACCCAGAGGUCGAACAGGACCAGCAGGGGAAGAAGUACUUGGCAAGCAAGGUUCAAAGGGGGCCCCUGGGAGCACUGGAAUCCCUGGGUUUCCCGGGGCUAGAGGUCAACCUGGAGAACCUGGCCAUGCAGGAGACUGCCUGCCUUCUGGAUGCUCUGAAGAAAGUACAAGGGAUGUGGGCUUGAUUCCUUGAUGGAUUCCACAGAUCAGUACACUCAUCACCCCUGUUGUAAACUUCUAUUUACAAAAAGGACAGCAGCAACUUGGAAUUCCAUAUUUUUAAAAUGCUGAAUGCCAUGGUUUUUGUUGUUGUUUUCUAUUUGUUUCAUUGAAUAAAAUUGCCAGAUUGCCAACAGCUGAUAGUUGGGUCUGCUUGGA